CCUCCUCCCGCCCGCUUCCGGGGCUGCUUGGCCGGCGCGCUGCUGGGCGACUGCUUGGGAGCCGUCUUCGAGGGCAGGAGCGUGGUGAAGCUGCCCGAUUUGCUGAGCUUUCUCCGCGGCCUGGAGCCGCCGGGCGGUGAGGGGGAACAGGCCGGGAGCGCCCGCAGAGAAACGCUUUCCUACACGGAUGACACGGCCAUGAGCAGAUCUGUGGUGCAGUCACUGCUGGCCAAGCGGGAGUUUGAUGAAGUUGACAUGGCCAAGAGGUUUGCUGAGGAGUACAAGAAGGAACCCAACAGGGGCUAUGGGAUGGCUGUAGUCAAUGUCUUUAAGAAGCUGCUGAGCCCCAAGUGCAGUGAUGUGUUUGAGCCAGCAAGGGCUCAAUUUAAUGGGAAAGGCUCCUAUGGAAAUGGUGGUGCCAUGAGGGUUGCAGGCAUUCCGCUCACCUAUUCGGAUGUUCAGGAUGUUAAGAAGUUUGCAAAGCUCAGUGCUGAGUUAACCCACUCCAACUCCUUGGGCUACAACGGGGCCAUCCUGCAGGCCCUGGCAGUGCAUCUGGCCUUGCAGGGAGAGGUCAGCAGGGAGACCUUCCUUGAGCAGCUCAUCAGCCACAUGGAGGACGUAGAGGCAGAUGAUAAGUCUCUUACUGAUGCCCGAGCGCUGGGAUUUGAGGACUUACCAUUUUCAAGGCGUCUGAAGAAAAUAAAGGAAUUUUUGGAGCUCAGCAGUGUUCCCAAAGCAGAUGUAUUGUUUGAAUUAGGCAAUGGCAUCGCUGCUCUGAGGUCUGUCCCCACUGCCAUUUACUCCUUCCUGCGCUGUAUGGAAGCUGACCCAGAUAUUCCUGAACACUACAACAACCUGCAGAGGACCAUCAUCUACUGUAUCUCUCUGGGUGGAGAUACAGACACCAUUGCUACCAUGGCAGGAGCCAUUGCAGGGGCUUAUUAUGGGGAAGAACAGAUACCCCCAAGUUGGGAGCAGAGCUGUGAAGCUUUUCAAGAGACACAGAAGAUGGCAAAUAGCUUACAUGAACUGUACUGCCAGCGGCUCUGAGCCUGAAGGGAGUGUGUGUCUGGAAGGCAAAGCAGGUGGUUGCCUCUGCUUUUCUGGUCAUAAAGUUGGUGGUGGAUCCGUGCCAUGCAGAUGCAGCGAGCCUCCAUUGAGGAGACACCUGCUGCUGUGAGAAGAGAGGUGGAAGCACAAGCUGGGAUUGAAGAGAUGGGACAUAGCCUUCACUGACAGUUUUGCUGGGAAGUGGCUGCAUGUGGUGCCUUGGACAGUGGGAGCAUCUCUGAAGUACAAGAGCAUCAAGUUUUCAUGAGAUUGCUGCUUGCUUUGUCCCACCCUUCUGUAACUAUGUCAUUUUGUUAUUCCUAGGUGGUGUCUGAAUCCACAGACUUUUUUUUUACUAUUUUCCUCUACUGCCAUGUCCUUCUUUUCUGUUGGUAGCAACCGGUCAAGCAGUGGCUUUCAUGGGAUGCACGUCCUUAAAACACUGACAGGUGAGAGUGUUCAUUCUCCACUGACAAGCAAAAGGAUGAGGGUGGGAGCCUUCAGAAAGCACCCAUGGGAGAGCCUGGAGGAUAUCCUGUGUGGGGGGACAGGUUGCCUCCUUCAGUGUGAGGGAUGGUGCAGAGCAGAGCUCACAGGAAGGUUCACUUCAUUAAAGGCAGAAUGAAAAGUGCCUGAGAUUGGAGAAGAGAUUUCUUUGUGCUGCCAGUUGCGUUUGAAGAAAUACCUUUGGUGCAUGCAUACAGAAUCCCAGUAGGCAGAUUGUUACUGCUGGAAGAAUAAUGGAAUCAUAGAAUGGUUUGGGUUGGAAGGGAUCUUUAGAUUCCAGCCCCCUCCUUUAGGCAGCGACUAGAAGAAGAUGUAACUAAUUACUGUCCCUUUGGUGCCCUUUGCUCUGCAAUCUACCUGACACUGCCCUGACUGCAUUUUGUGUUCCCUUAGAUAGCUGGCUCACGUUUCUGCAGCUACUCCAGCCAUUUCUUAGUUCUAAUCCUCAUAUUCUGUGUUUUUAAUUCUGCCUGUAUGUCCUGAGGGAGAUUGCUAUUUCAAUCUGUGGGUGGAGAAAAAUUGUGAAACACGGUGUUAAGCAAGGACUGAAUUCUUGGUUCUGCUGCAGUCAGUGACAGAACUGGCUUCAGCUGAAAGCAGGAGUUACUUCUCAUAGCUUUCAAACUCUGUUCUCUGUGAAAAGCAUCUGAAAAUAAAGGGAAAGGUUAAAAGAAGAUGAGAAGAAUGUUGGGAUUUGAAGCUGGUACUGUUGGGUAAGAAUAUUCCAGCGCAGCUGUGUUGUUCCAGAGUUUAAAAUCUGAAACUUUUGCCCAAGGGAGCUGGUCAGAAAGGGAAUAACAGCUUGUGUAUGGCACGUCUGAAGAGGGUUACAAGCUUCUAAUAAUUAAAACCAAAAGGGAAGAGGCAAGCAGUCGUCAUAUUGAAGUGUUUCCAUUUGUAAAUGUGAAUGUGGCAAUGUAACUUUAUUAUCUCUCUAAUUGUGACACUGGCCUGUGAAUGUUGUGCACAAAUGGAGUUCACUGCCUUUUGGUAACAGCACAUGGCUGCUGCGUGUUUUGGACUGCAUGCACGUGUGGAAAAUCUGGGUGUGUGGGGUCAUUCCAGACCUUCCUGCCUCUGCUUCCUUCAAGUGCCAGUCUUCUGUGUGAUGCUUUAAUGGGUUUUACUUGUUUAAAUGAAUAUCUUGUUCUGAGACCAUGUGGAAUUUUGCUCUUUUGUAUAUUUAUGUAUUGUGCUGCAGAUCUGAGGUGUAAAAUGUCAGAUUUUUCACAUUUUCCUGCCAGAGAUGUCAACAUAUUCACAGAGCUAUUUAAAAAAAGACAUUUUUCCUGUUAAAGGAGCUGGAGAAUUUGAAAAUGUUUGGAACUCGUGAAGGACAGAAGUUUCCUGUUUAAAAAAUAGAGCUCAUUUUAGGCCAGAAAUGAAACACAUACUGAAACAUUCAGCUCUGCCCCACAGCUGUGGUCUCUGUCCCAUGCCCACAGCUCUGGGGGUCGAGGAGGAUGAAGGCACAGCCAGCCCCAGCUUUGUACAAUAAGUUUUAUUGAUGGUUUGUCAAUACAAUCAAGUACUGCAGUUUUAGUUCUGAAGAGAAGGCCAGUUUCUGAUCACAAAAAGAGUGCAUUUUAAACCAACUUUUACUAUGACAGACAGUGCAUGUAAUAAGUAUUUACAAAACUAAAAACCUCUAUAUACUAGGUUAGAAAUGGAGAUACUAGAGGCAAAUUAAAAAAAAAAAAUAGUAAGGAUUUGUAUAUAAAAAUGCACAUUGUAAUGCAGUUUUCAUCAUUAAAAAUAGACAUACUUCAUCCAACCCAA